UUCCGCCCCUGCCUGGCGAGCUCACCGCGCGACCGAUACGGCUCUAUACAACAAAGGCGCAAUGUUUACGAUUGUGCGAUCCGGCAAAAGAUAACCGAAAGCGACAGUGGUAAAUGAAAUAGUGCAUUCAUAAACCCGUGAAUAGUGAACUGUGUUAUUAACAAUAAUUACGUUACGGUCACAGUGCAGUGCACAGCGCUUAAACAAAGGAUAAUACUAUGACGUUCUCUGGAAGUAUGAAGGAGAGCAAGCCGCGAGGAAAUGUGAAAGAUUUAUGGGAAUCAGAGCUUGGUUAUGGAUGGUCGCACACGGGCCAGCGUCGGUGCCGGAUCCACCGGCCACCGGAGUCCACCAUGUCAGUCAGCAGUGACAUAAGGUUCACACGGCGCAAACUCACUCGUCCCUGCCGGGGAUGUUGCGCAGCCCUAGCCGCUUUGCUUAUACUUUUACUACUCGCGGCUGUCGCAGUAUAUCUUGGGCACAUGUACCUGUUCGGAGACCCGCUCAACCGGCAAACGUUCCGAGGCUCUUUCGUGGUGUCCUCGUGGGGGAACCGAUCUGAGGGCACAGACCCCGCCAACCGAACGCGGGAAGCCGACCUUAAAAAAGCCCUUUUUGAUCUCUAUCGGAAUUCUGAGCUGCGAUCCUGUUUUGUUUCCGCGGAAAUUCUCGCAUUGGAUAGCGCUGACGACGGUGUAAGAGUUCACUUCGAGGUAUCAUUCGAGCCAAUCUUCACAUCAGUGAGUACGAGUGAAGUGACCGCGGUGCUAGCUCGAGAACUGGCUUUGCCUGCAAUCUACUUUGAUAACCUUACCGCGAUAUUGGAUACUUUACACAUUGAGGAAAAUUCAGUGAUAUCAUCACAAGCGUUAAAAGAAGGCGAUACACCACUGUUAACAACACCGACCACUGAACCCAUACCAGCCGAAGUAGAGGAAGAACUUCGAGAGUGCACUCCAGUAACUUUGACUCUCUGUUCCCAUCUGCCGUAUAACUCGACUUCUUAUCCCAAUCUUGUGGGACACCAGUCUAAGGAUGUGCUGUUGAGGGACCUCGUAGCAUUCAGGGAACUACUAGAUGCGGAGUGCUCUCAUCUUGCUCAAGAUUUCGUAUGCCAAAUGCUCCAGCCUCAGUGUAAUAACGGUCGGAUUGUUCGUCCAUGUCGUGCUUAUUGCAGGGCUUUCCACGCAGGCUGCGGAGCCAGACUUCCUGAUCGGUUGAAACCCUAUUUCGAUUGCGCUCGAUUUCCAAAUUUUUUCGGCCCCGGCUCUUGUACUCCUGAACCAGGUUGCAGUGCCGGAUUGCAACGUCUGGCUCUUUCUCGACGAGCAUGUGAUGGUAUUCCUGACUGCGCGAAUGCAGAGGACGAACGCGGAUGCGCACAUUGCGUGGCCGCCGGUAGCUCAGGUUUGCGCUGUGCGCUAAAUUCGCGCUGCCUGCCCGCGCAUCUACGCUGCGAUGGAACUCCUGACUGUCCGGAUGGUAGCGACGAAUCUGGCUGCUUAUGGAUUUCUCGCUCACUGGCGUCUUGGACACGAGAAACUGCGGAAAAUACCCUCGGAGCAAUCCGCACCCGCGUUGGAUAUGCGGUGUGGGCGGAGCGCGGUCGAUCUGGGAAAGUGUGUGCGGCGCCUUACGAGAACGACAGGAAAGCGCUAUCAAGUGUCGCUACAUCGCUAUGCAGAGCCCUGAGUUUUAGAGCGGCAAUUAGUGCCGAAGCUGUGCCAGAUGCAGAAGAUGACGAUGAAAUAGAGAAUCCUGAGAAACCACAACAAGAGUAUGUAGAAGUGGUUGACCCGUUCGCCCCGGAGAUAUCAUUUGUCAAAAGUCAAUGUCUUCAACAUAAAGUCAUCAGAAUUGUCUGUGAUCAACUAGAGUGUGGUUUGGCGUCAGCUCGUGGAGCUCAUGCGGUUCAAGGCGUGAACGGACUUCCGCGAUCAGCGCAACCCGGGGAUUGGCCGUGGCACGCCGCACUGCUCAGGUCUCACAUACACGCAUGUGACGCGGCGCUUAUUCAUCCUUCGUGGCUUAUCACAACGGCUUCUUGCUUCCAAGGUCAACCUAAAGCAGAAUGGACAGCUCGUUUAGGAACAGUCCGAAUACAGAGCACCACUCCAUGGCAGCAGGAGCAAAGAAUAAUCGGGAUGGUGCGCUCUCCUGUUGAAGGCAGUAUGAUCGCUCUAGUUCGGCUCGAGGAAUCAGUUGAAAUCACAGAUUUCGUACGACCAGCGUGUUUACCGGAACCAGGUGUUGGCAGUGGCGAUCACAGUGUAUGUAAUACCCUGGGCUGGACGAGGAACAGAGACCAGUUGCAAAGGGUUCAUGUAGUGACAAGCCCAAUGAAUACGUGCGAGAACGUCAGUAUCGCCACUGUGAAUGGAAUCUGCGCUGAACCACUGUACGAUCAGGAUGAUUGUGAUGAAGAAGAAUACGCGGGAAGUUCAAUGAUGUGCUUUGAUGAGAAGACAAAACACUGGUCCCUUCUAGGUGUUAGUGGUUGGCGGAUUGCUUGUACGAAAAUCGGACUAGGUCGGCCCAGAAUAUAUGACUCUAUCACAUCUCAUGUAGAUUGGAUACGACGCACCAUUGCUGACGCCGCGAGGUGACCAGUUUAAUGCCAUUUGGAUUGAAAAGACUGCAUUGGAUGUAUGCCACCACAAUUGAUGUUUAUUUUUCAGUUGUGUUUUUUAGUCUGUGUAAAUGUAGCCUUUAGGUUUUUUUAUUUGAAGCAUACUGUUUCAUAUGUUGUGUUCAAAAGUCAAAAAUAUUAAAAAAC